AUGGGUGUUCUUGAUAACAUCAGGGUCCGUGACCAGAAUGCUCGCGUGUCACGGUCUUUUGUCGAGGAUGACGCUCAGCGCGACGCGGCUGUCUCGGCAGAGGCCUAUACUGGCUCGCUAGAAUGGCGGGAUGAGAAGGAGUUGAACGAGCAUCCCGACUCCGUCAAUGAAAAGGCCGAAGAUGGUCUGAAGAAAGCCGAGGCCUCAGCUCUUGUCUGGAGCAAGAAGGUUGUCUACAGUAUCUACGCAUGGAUAUGGGUUUGCUUCUUUGCAUUAGCUUUCCAUCAGUCUAUGAUCCCCACAUUCGGCCUUUUCGCUUAUGCAGACUUCCAGAAUGCUCCUCAAAUCACCACAGCCAACAUUGCUGGUAUUCUGAUUGGUGGUAUUCUCAAGUUGCCUCUCGCUAAGAUUCUUAACCUCUUCGGUCGUGCCGAAGGUCUGUUCAUGGCUCUGGUUGCCUAUGUCAUGGGUAUCAUCAUCCUGGCAGCGUGCACCGGUCCCGCCUCCUACGCCACCGGUUAUGUAUUCUAUUGGAUCGGAUACGAUUUGAUCUACCUGAUCCUGCAAAUCUUCAUCGCGGACACUACAGGGCUGCGGAACCGUGCCUGGGCCAUCGCCUUCGCUUCGACGCCUUUCAUCUUGACGGCUUUCACUGCCCCUCUUGCGGCGAAUUCCUUCCUUGCGACCUCGGGGUGGCGCUGGGGUUACGGAAGCUUUGCGAUCAUUCAGCCUUUUGUCUUCGGCCCAUUGAUUUUUGUCUUCAAGUUCUAUGAGCGCAAGGCUGUGAAGCUGGGCUUGUACAAGAAGUCGAGCAGCGGCCGCACUACCAUGCAGUCUAUUGCUCACUAUAUUCAUGAGUUUGAUGUCAUUGGUGCAUUCCUUUUGAUGGCCGCCUUCGUCCUUUUCCUGUUGCCUUUCAGUCUGACUUCCUACAACCUUACCGGAUAUGGUAGUGCCACGUUCAUCGCCAUGGUUGUCGUUGGCCUCUGCCUUUUUCCCGUCUUCGUGAUCUGGGAACGGUUCUUCGCACGAGCCCAUUUUGUUCGCUGGGAAGUGUUCAAGAACCGUAGUGUGGCCGGUGCUUGUCUCUUGUCGGCCCUGAUGAACUUCAGUUUCGAUCUUUGGGACACCUACUUGACCAACUUCCUGUACAUCGUGUAUGACCUUAACGUCACCGAUGCCGGAUACAUGGCCCAGAUCUAUAAUGUCGGCUCUUGUUUCUGGAGUGUGCUUGUCGGUAUCUACAUCUACAAGACUAAGCACUUCAAGUAUCUUUGCUUGUUCUUCGGUCAACCUCUCAUGAUUCUCGGCUCUGGUCUGAUGAUCUAUUUCCGUGGAAACGACCAUGGAAUUGGCUUCAUCAUCAUGUGCCAGAUCUUCAUCGCCUUUGCUGGUGGUACCAAUGUGAUUGGUAACGAUAUGGCUGUCAUGGCUGGUGCCGAUCGGGAGGGUAUCCCCAUGGCUCUCUGCUUGGUCGGUCUGUUCCAGAGUGUGGGCGGCGCCAUCGGAUACGCGGUCUGCGCUGCCAUCUUUAACAGCACCUUCGAGAGCACCUUGCGCGCCCACCUCCCCGAUAACCUGAAGUCUCAGGCUAGUUAUCUCACGCUUCACGGCGUCAAGGCUCAGAUUCCGCUCCCCGAAGGACCAGAAAGAGAAGCUGUCGCGUACGCCUGGGGCUGGACCCAGAGACAGAAUUGUAUCGCCUCUACUGCUAUCCUUGCCCUUGGCCUCCCUGCCAUUUUGAUGUGGCGUAACGUCAAUGUCGACAAGAAGCAGGUCAAGGGUACUGUGAUUUAA